AAUCCUUAGAAAUGGGGAAUAAUACUAGAAAAUCUGUACGUUUUGAUCAACAAGAAGUUGUUCAAGAAAAAGAAGUAGAAAGGAACAAAGCUAUUCAUGUGGAAAAGGUACAUCCCCGUGAAGACAAUUGUCCCGAAGAAGAAAUGAUUGUAAGCCUGGCCAAUAAUGUUAAAUUGGUGCCCGCUGAUUUUACAAUUAACAAAGCUGAAAAUGACAAGGAGGGAGUACUAUCCACUACAAGCUUUGGCCUACUUGAAGUUUCUCCACAAAAGAAAAUACACAAUGCGACAGAGGGCGACAAAUCUGUGCAUGAGGAUACACAUGGAAAAAAAGAUCAUCUAAUUUCUCAGGAAAAUAUCUUUUCAAAACAAAGAAAAGCUGAAGUUCUUGUAAAAUGGGACCACAUGGAUGAUGUCAACCCUUUCAUACAUAGAGGAGGUAGCUUCUCAAUGCAUAAAUCUUUUAAGAAAUGAGUUCAAUAAGUCUCACGAAGUAUAAGUUAAGAUAUUCAUCUUUAAUUUUCACUUAACUAAAGUCAUUUCGAAGAAUUUUAUUAUCUGUCUCACACAACUGAUACUAGUUGUGUGAGACUUUUUUUUUAUUAAGAAAGUGGACU